AUGCUGAUGGGGAUCGUGAUUGUAAUGAUGAUAAUGCAGAGCCAAUUGCAAAUUGUAUACUUCGACACCAAUCAGGCUCAUGUCGGCUGGCCACCCCAACUGUUGCUGGCCGGAAAAGAAGUCGCCAGCCCCAUAACAACCCUUUUGGCACUGUUGAAUCUCCACAAAACCUCGCUUUUGUCUCUUGUCUUUUUGUUUCCAGCUGCUCCACCUCGCACUCUUUCUCACUCACUCACUCACUAUCUAUCUAUCCAGAUGCAUCGGCGCGAAAGUGGUGACGCUCUGGACUUCGGCAGCCGGACGCCUGUACGCACACGUUCAUUCCACUCACCCUCGCCCACAAUAUCGGCCGGCUCUGUUUCACUUUCCAAAUCAGCCUCGACCGGCCCAUCUCCCAUCACUGCCACCAACCUCAGCUCUUCUUCGUCGUAUUGCACCAACAGCCAGACAGCACUACUCGGCAGCCAACAGUUGCAGGUAGAGCAGGAAAUUAGCUCCCCUACACAGCCUGAGGUGAAUCGAGCACCAGCAGUUUACUUUUGUCAAGAAAAAGAAAACAAUGAGUUGGCCAGCGUCAGGAGGCUCCUCUCCCUCCGAUCUCACCUUGAUCCAACUCAUCUGUACUCACGAAGCCACUUGAAACCGGGUCGCACUGAACCACGGGGCAGAAGUCAGACCGUUCACAAAUCAUACUUUCAACUUCAGUUUCUGGCCGAAUAUUUUCUUAUUGGAGACCAACUCUUCGGGUUGAGGUCUUGA